GGUUACACGAAGCUUUGCUGUUAUUAAUUCAUAGAACAGAAUAAACUAAAACGUGAACCUUUUUUUUUUGUAAUCGACUUUAGAGUUUAGAGUUUGGGAGUAUUUGUUCUUACUGGUCACCGGCUGCUCCUAGCUUAAGUAUAUGACAUAAUGAUUGGGCCCACUACCAAAUGCAUACGGGUUACUCUUACCCGCGUAGUGGCGUCUGGGAAAUUGAGUCAACAUUCUAAAUAAUUCAAGCCCUCAUUCCCUUCUCCUGCACAGCUAACAAGAUGCCGGCCGUACAUCACAAACUGCUCCUUGAAGAGGCUUUACAGGACAGUCCUCAGACUCGCUCUUUGCUCAGUGUGUUUGAGGAAGAUGUGGGGAUGCUUACAGACUACACAAACCAGCUGCUACAGUCAAUGCAGCGGGUGUUUGGAGCCCAGAGUGAGAUGGGACUGGCCACAGAGCAGCUCUCAAAGCAGCUUCUGGAAUAUGAGAAGAAAAAUUUUGCCCAUGGAAAAGGUGAUGAAGAGGUAAUCACCACGCUGCAGAACUUCGCCAAAACUGUAGUGGAGCUGAAUGCGCUCCACUCCGAGCUAGCUAACCAGAUGGCUGACAGCAUGGUCUUCCCCUUGAUCCAGUUCCGGGAGAAAGACCUCACAGAGAUAAGCACACUGAAGGAAAUAUUUGCCAUUGGCACCGAUGAGCAUGAGGCAGCUAUGGUCAAGUACAGUCGAUUGCCCAAGAAGAAGGAAAAUGAGAAGUUGAAGGCAGACUUGGUGAAGGAGGUGGCUUACACCAGAAGAAAGCAGCACCAGUCCUCACUGCAAUAUUAUUGUGCCCUCAAUGCCCUGCAGUAUCGCAAGAGAGUAGCUAUGCUCGAACCAAUGCUAGGCUACACUCAGGCACAGAUCAGCUUCUUCAAGAAAGGCUUUGAGCUGGUGUCGAAGAAGAUGGACAGUUUUAUCUCUUCUGUUUCCAACAUGACACAAAGCAUCCAGGCCCAGCUGGACUUAGAGGCGGAGGCCAUGCGAGUAUCCCAGAGGGAGCUUCUGUCUGUGGAAGAUACUGUCUACAUGCCAGAUAAGGACACUGAGCCUGUCAAUCGCACACUUAUCCAGAAGGCAGGCUACCUCAACAUUAGGAAUAAAACAGGCCUAGUGACCACAGCCUGGGAUCGACUAUAUUUCUUCACCCAGGGAGGGAACCUCAUGUGCCAACCACGGGGGGCGGUAGCAGGGGGCAUGGUGCUGGACCUGGAUAACAGCUCUGUCAUGGCUGUGGAUUGUGAGGACAGACGCUACUGUUUUCAGAUAACCUCCCCUUCAGGAAAGACGUCAAUGAUUCUACAAGCGGAGAGUAAAAAGGAGUAUGAAGAAUGGAUUUGCACUGUGAACAACAUCUCCAGACAGAUCUACCUGACUGACAACCCAGAGGCUGUGGCUAUCCGGCUGAACCAAACCGCCAUCCAGGCAGUGACUCCCAUCACCAGCUUUGAGAAGAGACAAGAAGGCUCACCCAACCCUGACAGAGCUAAGCCAGGAGGUGUUCACACUACCAGCAGUGGCUCUCAGAAAACAGGAGUUGCCCCAGAACCAGAGGACCUGAUAGCCCCAGGGACACCCAUUCAGUUUGACAUCAUGCUGCCUGCGUCUGAGUUUCAGGACCAGAACAGAGCUGGGGGGAGACGCACAAAUCCAUUUGGAGAAACAGACGAUGACUGUUCGACAGAGACUGAUGACUCUCUCCUUCAGCAGGUAUUUGCUGUGCGCUUCCUGGGCUCUAUGGCGGUUCGCUGUGGCGACAAUCAGGAGGUGAUCUAUGAGGCCAUGAGGCAGGUGCUGGCUGCCCGUGCCAUCCACAACAUCUUCAAGACCACAGAGGCCCACCUCAUGGUCACUAGCAGUAGUCUCAGGUUGAUAGACCCACAGACUCAAGUUACAAGAAUAAGUUUCCAGCUUGGAGAAGUGUGUCAGUUUGCAGCCCACCAAGAGAAUGGGAGGCUGAUGGGAUUUGUAGUUGAAGGCCGAGACUGGAGUGACGGAGAUGAGGAGGGAGCGCCCUCGUUCAGCGCCUUCGUCUUUGAGAGCAACACAGAGGGCGAAAAGAUAUGCUACACCAUAAACCUGGCAAAGGAGAUUACAGAAGCCAAGAAGGAUCCAGAAGCCCUGGCCCAGCUAAUGAAGAACAUGCCUCUGACCAAUGACGGCAAGUUCCUGCUCCUUGAGCCUGAGACGGGCGAUACGACCAACGGAGCAGGACAAGAAGAUCUGGAGUCGGAGGCCUAAUUCCACUUGGAUCCAAAAGAAGAAAAAAGACGAGCCAACCAAAACCAGGACCGCAGUCCUACUUUUGCGCAGGAGGUCUCAUCUUAACCCCUAACCCCAACUCCGGUACUGUAACAUCAAUAUUAGAUAGUUCACAUCCACUGACCCACAGUAACUACAUCUUUAUCUCUUUUGCUGUGCUACAAACUGAAGACGUUGACAGGAGGUUGACCAUACACACACACACACACACACACGAAAAAAAAAAGGGGGGGGGUGUGUCAUUGGAUUUGGAGUUUGUCUUUGCACCACUAUCUGUGGUACGCACAUCAAAAAGGGACACUACGCAGAUACCGGGUGCGUGUCAUUGUCUUCUAAAAUCCCGAGCCGUUUAACAGAGUGGUGACUCUCUCUCUUUCAGUUUAGGUUUACAUUUAUUUUAGGUUUACAUAGUUUGAUGUGUUUUGUGUUUGGAGGAUUUAAACCUUUUACCUUAUUUUGCUCGUUAACUCGUAUGUAAGGCUGGUACGCAUUUAUUCCUUGAUUAUUUAUGAAAAAAAACAUUAUUGCACUUUGAGGUUUAUUUUGGUAAAACACCAUCAAAUUAGCACAGAAUGCACUAAAUUGAUCAGUUAGUAGGAAACUUUUAAGAUGGUGAAGGAUAGUUGAAAUAAAAUUGCUUCCUUUUAUGCUUAGAGCAGUGAUUCUUGCCUAGUUUAUUACUUUUAUCCCUUGAGCAUCGUAAUGUGCGUCUCAAAGCAGGGAACGCACUUGGCACAAGUGAUUCAGCAAAACAUUUUUCUUCUUUCGGCACUCUUGCCACCAUGAAGUUACAACUUGGCAUCCUGGCUAUCUUAAGCCUUCCCACAAAACUGAAUUACUUUUAUGCUCGACAUUUUCCUCGGCUACCUAUGUAAACAAGAUGAUUUGUAUGUCAGUUCUUCAGUGAGAAGCCCAGAAACUACUUCACGCUCCUUUUCCCUGAAAGCCCAUGUAAAUAUGAUCCGUCUAUGUAUGUUUAACCAGAGUCAAUAUGCUAGGAUCUAUUGCAGUGCAUGAUUAAAUAAUGGCAUUCAAUCUAGUUCCCUUUGCAGAAGAUGAAAGCUUAUACUAUGAGCACUGAGCUGUAACACUAAAAGAAAAUCAACUGAACUGUCACACUGACGCAUGUAGACAGAUCACAGUGAACUCAUGAAAAACCAAUUUGCCCUUCUUUACAUAUGAAUGCUGAUCAGAGCAGAACAACUAACGGGGAAAGAAAUGUGUGAAAUUCGUCGUCCCCUCUCGUUGCCGGUGCAGUUUUGUUCAGUCUCGACCCGACUGAGCUGCGGCACAAAUCUCGAUGGACAUUGGCAGCCCGUGCAGUGUCAGUGUGUGGCCUGUUUAGUACAGAGGAGGUGAAAGAAACCGGCUAGAAGUUGAACUUGAAAGUUUGUUUUCCACAAGCAGAAACAUGUUGCACAAAGGACACAGUGGCUAUUUCAUUUAGACCUCUGAGCUGUGCUAACAAAAUUGUUUGACUCAUUACCUACACAUUGGAAUUACAAGUGAGCGAAUUACUUGAUUUGUAAAAUAGUUUCUUUCUUAGAAGUUUUAAUUAAAAAAAAAGAACAUCCUGGCUCUAUUAGUUCUUAAGCUCACUAAUUGAUAAGGUAGAGCUUGUUUGUGUGCAAAAAAAUGAACGCCCACUCACAGAUGGCUAUUGACAGAGUAAUGCUGCGUUUCAUUCAGAUCAGAAAUCUCUAAAUUGAACAUUUUUAAACUCAGCUGGAAACGUUCCACGUUGAUGUCAAACGUAAACACUCAGCAGGAGACACUCAGCAGGAGACACUCAGCGUCUUACAGCAGGCAGCAGCUGAAUAUUCAUGUCAGCAGAGCUUCACAGCAUAAAUCGGAGAAAAGGAAGCCAUAAAAGUCUGUUACAUAUACUAUAUAUAGACCAAUAUCCUUUCGAGUUCCAGUACAUGUUUAAGAUGACAUUUACUAACCCAAGUAACGGUCAUGUGUUGUGACAGAAGUCAGUACCUGCUUCUUGAUGAAAUCAAGGUGCAGGAAAUUUGCUUGAGCUUCCCAGUUUCUGAGCUCUUUUUCCGAGUAUUAGGUUGAAAAUUUGAGCUGCAGUUUGUCAGGGUAUUAUCCAUUAUGCUAUACUAUUUCAUAAUUAUGAAAUCCCAUCAUAAUCUAAGCACCUCUAAAUCAAAGUGGGCUGCAACAAACAGAAAUGUAUCUUACACUGGGUUAAAUAUAUCAGCUAAAUGUUCACACACAGCAGCUGCCUAGAGGAUUGCACGCUCGCAGUGACUGGGAGAGCUAAUUGAUUAGAUGGUGUGGAUGUUUAUGGCGUUUAUUGAUUCAGGCAGUAAACACAUAAUGAGGAUUACAGAUCACCUGUCAGAAGUCUGCAGUAGUCAGAAGCGCAUUUAAGCUCACUUAGAGCGAAGAGUGAGUCUCACACUUCGAAGGGAACAACUGCUGUCUGGGCAACAUGUUAGAAGUAACUUUUUUUUUUUUGUGGAAAUGGCUGAGUUCCCAGCGUUGACUCAUGAACUUGUGGCGUUGCUUGUUGCCAGAAGAAUACACACGUAAACAGUGACUCUAUUCCAGGAAACCAAGUUCAUUUCCCUAAAUGUCAACCUCAUCACCUGAUUGGACAUUGCAAAUUUGAUGCUGUAUAGAUCAAGCACUCUUAAAUCCUCUUAGUGUAUAGGUGGCUGCUGCUGUAGCCCAGUACAGUCAUUUCAGCUGCGCUGCAUAGUCUUGACAUGUUUUCUCAUAAGUAAUGCACUGUCAGUAAAAAUAAGUGUUCUGAAAGUGUUAAAUACAUUUCUGUAAUAUAGCAAGAACUCCAUUUUCUUUCCAUUUUUUCUGUCUUUUUGUAAAAGGCUGAAGAUGCCAGAAUUCACACCCCAUAAGGCUUUGCACUUAAUUUGUCCUAAUUUUCUAAAACCAUGUAAACAUGCAUCCUUUAAUAAACAUGAGUCAUUUCUUACUUGUGUAAA